GCAAACUAGCAGAAAGUUGAAGUGAUGACAGCAGAUAAGGGUGCUUGCUUUUGAAGCUUAUUGGCCGGUUCUCUGAACUUUUUUUCCCCCUGAGAGCCAGUCAUUCAGAGGUACAGCUGGCACAGCCUGAUUGUUCUGUCCCACCAUGGAGCGGACACGAGGGGCCGGGGUCUAGAAGGGCAGAUCUUGUGUCACAGCCGGCUCAGCCGUGUCACCUGCCUGGGGACGAGACCUGCGUAACGCCGUCAGCUGAGAGAAGCCUGGGCUCCUGCUUUCCUUGACCUUUCUUCACCUUGGAGAAGUGCAGAAUGGAUCCUGGUUGGUAACUCCCCACCUCCUCGGUCUCGGGACAGUGAGGAAAGUUCGGCAGUGCUUGUGGUGGGAGCGAGGGAGCUGGGCUGGCUGGCAGCAGGCUCACACAUUAAACCAUCGUAUCAAACGCGCGCCGCGCUCUGACAAGAAAUGUAACCCGAGGAGAAAGGACACCAGUGUGUUUGAGCACGCUGAGGGAUUCUUGUAUGACUUGUUACUCUUUCAGUGCUGUAGCCUGAGCAGGUCUUACUGGUUUUUACUGAAGUGGUGGGAGCUGAAUGGGGUGUGGGCUCGUUUCUAUUCGUCCACAAGCAUCUCUACAAUCUUCUCUUCUCUUUUUUAAUUCCCCCCUGGAUAUAAAUCAGAGAAAUUGUGUCCAUCGAGUUUGCUGCCACCUGGGCUCAACCCAGCUGAACCAAUUUUGGAGGAAACCCUUGCUGCAAUCAUCUGGACGUGCUCCUAGGAGGAGAAGAAACUAAAGGAAUUUGGCAUCGUUGCUGUAGUUUGAGGAAAAACAUUCCUUCUGGCUUUGGAGAAAGCUACAGAGAGGAUCUGUGUCAUGUCCUGACCUCCCUCCAUUUUCCUGCUGAGCAUGGGGUAACAGUGUGUGACCAUGGUGGUCACCCAGUUACAGCUGGAACUGUGCUUCCACGGCAAGAAGCUGAGAGGUUUCACCUGCAAGUUGACCAGGUCAGCCAGUGGAUUUCUCCCAGAGACUUCAUUCUCCAUUGCCUCCCAGAUUUUUGUACCAUUCCUUCUGGCUGGCUUGGGAAUGGUAGCUGCUGGCCUCUUGAUGGAUGUUGUUCAAGGGUCCUUGGCUGCUGGUCCAUCUGGAUUCUGGGCUGGCUGGCAUUGCUGGAGACCUUGCAGGGCCCUGCCGGUGUUUGGCCCACUUUUUGACAGUAAGCACUGGGACGUGUUCCGGACAAUCACAGAAGUGUUUAUCCUGGUUCCUGCCUUGGUUGGCCUGAAGGGAAAUCUGGAGAUGACACUGGCAUCCAGGCUCUCCACUGCUGCUAACACUGGACAGAUGGAUGAUGCCCAGAAGCAGUGGAAAAUGGCCACCUGCAACUUAGCCCUUAUCCAGGUCCAGGCCACUGUGGUGGGACUCCUGGCUGCUGUUGCUGCUGUGAUCCUGGGAGCCAUCUCCAAGGGCUCUGUGGAGCUGAGCCAGGCUGCUGUGCUGUGUGCCAGCAGCGUGACCACGGCCUUCAUAGCUGCACUUUCCCUUGGUCUGGUGAUGAUUGGUGUGAUCAUUGGAGCAAGGAAAGUUGGGAUCAAUCCAGACAAUGUCGCCACACCCAUAGCAGCGAGCCUGGGAGAUUUGAUAACCCUUUCCCUCCUGGCAGGAAUCAGCAGCACACUCUUCAAAUACAUAGAUGUGAAGUACCUUUCUCCUCUGAUCUGUGCUGUAUUCAUUGUCAUGAUCCCUCUCUGGGUUGCUAUUGCCAAGCAAAGUCCUUCCCUGGCCGAAGUCCUCAAGUCUGGGUGGCAGCCGGUUAUUGUUGCCAUGAGCAUCAGCAGCAUUGGUGGGCUCAUCCUGGACAAAACUGUAACUGACCCAAACUUUGAAGGCAUGGCAGUUUUCACACCUGUGAUUAACGGUGUUGGAGGGAAUCUGGUUGCCAUCCAAGCCAGCCGAAUUUCUACAUUCCUGCACUUCUGGAGCAUGCCUGGAGUUUUGCCAUACAAGAUGAGGCAGAAUUGGCCCAACCCAUGCACCACAUUCUUCUCAUCAGGGGUGAAUUCCAAGUCAGCCCGGGUCCUGUUCCUCCUGGUUAUCCCAGGGCACCUCGUGUUCCUCUACACCAUCCAUCUGCUGCAGGGAGGCCACACAUCCCUGUCCUUCACCUUUGUGAUGUUCUAUCUGGCUGCUGCUUUGCUUCAGGUGGGGAUCCUGCUCUACGUGGCUGACCUGAUUGUGCGCCUGAUGUGGAGGAAGGCUCUGGACCCAGAUAAUUUCUCCAUCCCCUACCUCACUGCCCUGGGGGACCUCCUGGGCACUGGAUUCCUGGCCAUCUGUUUCCGCCUGGUUUGGCUCAUCCACGGCACAGACAUGAACCUGGGCAACUGAGAGUCCCUGUGCUGCUCUCGUCCCUGGUGUGACACGGUGCUUCCCUCCGGGCCACGGGGGUACCUGGCACUCAGUGCUGGCUCACCUGGCUGGGCUGGGCUCCAUUGGCACCCCAACACCCACCUGCCCUGCCCUCUGUGCCUUACAGCCUGCCCACCCCGAGGGAUCAGCACCCACAAACUCCUGCCCUUGCAAGGGAGCAAAGCGGAUUUAAGGAGCUCCCCCUGCUCACACCUGGCAAACAAGGCAGCAAGGAGCAUUUGGGCCACUGGGGAGGAAGGAAUGAAGGAAGGAAGGAGCAUUUGGGCCAUGGUCUCAAUCCCCAGCACUGUCACAGCCCCGAGUCUGCUCCAAAGCCUGCCGAGGUCACUGCGUCUGAUCCUGCAAGUGGAUGUUGCAGCCCCUCCAUCAGACUCUGACUUUCCACUGAGGGAAAUUCUUUAUUCACCCCACUUUUCUCCUGCUCCUGGAGUAGCAGAGCAACCAGGUCUUUAAACUUGUCUUGUCUCCAUCGCUCAGAGGCUCAGGAUCUGAGGCAGUGAGCUGCUGGCUCAUGCCCAGUGGAGGUUAUCUAGGGAUACCACCUACCUGCCCUGGCAGCAUUGCUGGUGUCUGACCAAAAAGCUGGUUAGAUUGCAUUUUGGGGGCAGGAAGGUUUGUUUUUAUGGUUUAUGAAAUGUCCAGUAGUUAAAAUGUUUAUAGAAACACACACAUAAAUAAAGUGGGUAAAAAAAAAAAA